AUGACACGGUCCAGGGCACGAAUAUACCUCCUUGUACUGCUCGUUUUCGCGUUAUACAUCUUUCAUCACCAUUUUACCGACUGGUUGGAAAAGCCUGCAUCCGUCGGGCGACCUUUGGCGUACUUCGAUUUUCCACAAGAGGAAGAAAUUGAGACUGUUGUAUAUGAACAGAAAAUAACUUCGGUUAAAACCCCAACUCCACGGCCACCGCCGCCACUGCUCUGCCAAUCAUAUGAAUGCGGAGUCGGCAAAUGGGUUCCUCGUAAAGAAUCUUUUGCAUCUCUGCAAGAUGUCCAGACAGUAUAUUCAAAUCUCUGGCAUCCAGUCUGGGAUGGAUGUGGUGUAUGGGAUCCUUCGGGCAAACUUGAAGGGGAAGAGAAGAAGAAGUUAGAAGGCCAGCGAUUGGUUGACACGCUGAACUGGGAAUGGACUCCUGGUCGAGGAAUUCUUCUCGACUACGAUCCAGUUGACUUUGUGGUUCGUAUGCUGAAAAGUCCUGGGGGUUUAGUUCUUGUUGGUGAUUCGAUUAGCCGUCAACAUUGGCACGCCAUGUAUUACACCUUCCGACACAUGAAUAUCACCUUUGACUCAAACCCCAAACAUCUGCCUUUAGCCGGAGUUGCCAAUGUUGAACAAUUUGUGCUUUCAAAAACUUCCGCCAUGACUAAGAUUCUACAAGAGAAAUCUGGUGUUCCGAAAUCGCGUAUGGAACGGCCGUUCUUUACUUUGCUCGAAGAUCAUAUGGGACUGGGUGAAUCGGAUAUCAGAGCCAUAACCAACGCUAAACCAAACUAUAAAUGGUAUCACAAGUUCAGACGAGUAGAAGGAUGGGAGGAUCAUCUCAAAUGGCUCGCCAUGCCACGAGAAGGCGAAGAAGAGACUGUCACGGAGGAUACGUUGGUGAUAUUAAAUGCUGGUGCUCAUUGGUCGCGUCAUGAACUUGGAAUGUUACGCGCUCCUACAGAUGCACAAGAACAGGUCCUCUUGGAAGAUACGUAUCCCCGUAUGGUACGUUUGUACCACCUCAUUCAUGACAACCGUCUCUCACCCAUCGAACGGACAUCCAUCUACUACCGUUCAACUUCCCCCGGUCACCCACAAUGUGAAGACCACUCUACUCCCUACAAAGACAUGGCCGACGCCCGGCGAAAAGAACAAAACUUAGUCCAACGCCUCAAGGAAACAGUUUCUACCCCAGACGACAAGAAACAACGCUCUAGAUGGGACUGGGAUUUGUUCAAACCCCAUAACGAGCUGUGGAAUCGCACAAUACAGGUAAUGAAUGAACGGAGACCCGCGGAUUCAAAGGGCGCAAAAUGGCACUAUUUUGAUGUGUGGGACGUGUCUAUGCAACGGCCAGAUGCUCACCUGGAUCCUGGAAAAGAUUGUUUACACUGGUGUUUGCCAACUAUGCUCGAUGAUUGGACGCGGUUGUUCUAUCAUAGAGUGAAUCUAGACGAAGGGCGUGUGAAGUAG